UUUUCUUCUUCUUUUUGUUUUUCCACGUCUAUAACUUCAUUAUAAUUAAAUUCUACGUAAAUAAAUAUACGUUCUCACGGUUUUCUUUACAAUGUAAUUCUUUUUCUGAUCUCCAUCUAAAUUUAAUUUCAUAUAUUCUCCAAUAAUAAUACUGUUGCAAUUAAAUCGACAUAAUAAUAUUACGAGUUAGAAGAUAACAAAAAAAAGAAAAAAAAAAAAAGAGAAAAAAAAAAGAAAUAAAAAGAUAAAAAAGAGAAAAAAGAAGAGGAAAAAAAAAGAGAGAAAAAUAUGCCUGGACGUCAGAAAACAGGAAUGAAAAGCGGAAAAGCGGGAAAAAGUCGACCAUCGUCACCAGCACACCCACCACCGUCUCGUCAACAACGGGGGUAUACUACAACUACACAAGAUCGUAAAACAAAUCCUAUAAAUCCUAAAAGUUCGACUGAUAAUUUUCAAAGUAUAGCUAGUACUGCUGCAGGAGUAGCCGCUGGUUCUGUAAUAGGUCAUGUUAUUGGAAAUGCAUUGUCUACUGGUAUAAGACAUGGAAAUUCUGUGAAUGCAGAAUCGUCUUCCGAUUAUGCAAAUGUAAUCGAAGAGAUAUGCUCACCUGAAAUUCGACAAUUUUUUGAGUGUGCUUCAAAGAACGAAGACCUUAAUAAUUGUAAAAGCUUUCACAACACUUGGUUCGAGUGUCAAAAAAGAUAUAGUCAAGAUCGUUCGCAAGCUUAACAUUAAAAUAUUUCGAAAGAUGUUACAAUGAUAUACCAAGAAGAAUUGAUAAUAAUUUAGGAUCUGCCAUUUGAAGGACACGCAUCACCAUGAAGCCAGCAACUGUGGCUGCUGCGAUUCCCAAACCGGCUUUCCACCAAACUACAGAAUCCUGUUGUAUCAGGCCAAAUUGAUUUAAAUGUCUGUAAUAUAGAAAGAUACAGAAUUUAUAAGAAAGUUA